AUGUGGCGUGCUCAGGCGAUAGCUAACAAGAGGAGAAGAAAUAAUGUUGGAGUUGAUGAGAUCGCACAUGUGAUUCAUCGGAUGGUGGAUGUGAUGCAGCCUAUUGCAGUGCAACCCAGAGCCGUGAUAGCACCCACUCGCCCGAUAACUAUGGAGGACUUCAUGAGACAUAAGCCCUCUAAAUUCAAGGGCAAAUCCAUUCCUAAUGAGGCAGAUGCUUGGCUCAGAGAGUGUGAGAAGAUCUACAGAGUGAUAGAGUGCACUAAUGCACAGAAGCCGUCCUUCGUUACCUUCCUGCUGAUGGUAUACACAGAUAGGUUUGAGUACUUGGGGAGAUUCUACUCGCCCACUAUCACGGAGGAAUGGAGAUGCCGAAAGUAUGAAGGUGGGCCGAAACAUGACUUGUGUCGAUUCUUGGUACCACUCUGGAUCAGGGAGUUUCCAGUCUUGAUGGAGCAAGCCAAGGCAUUUGAGCAGCUGGAGAUGGGACCAGCAGAGUGGCACGACCAUAGAAGACAGGACACUUUGCUCGACAGUAUCCCAAUAGGAAACCAACUUGAGGUUCGCCAGCAAAGAAGCCAGUGGAAGAGCGGCCAGAGUACCAAGGCGUGUGUUCGCAUUGACAACCACCGAGGCGACUCAGUCAGCUGUGUUGACUACCGUCAAUUGAACAAGCUAAGCAUCAAGAAUAAGUGUCCACUGCCGAGAAUUGACGAUCUGUUGGAUCAGUUGAGGAGAGCAGUUGUGUUCUCUAAGAUCGACCUGAGGUUUGGAUAUCAUCAGAUCUUGGUCAAACCUGAGGAUGUGCAAACCACAACUUUCAGGUCACAAUAUGGACACUAUGAAUAUGUUGUGAUGCCAUUUGGGGUGACAAAUGCUCCUGCAAUCUUCAUGGACUACAUGAACAGGAUCUUCCGACCAUAUUUGGAUCAGUUUGUCGUAGUAUUCAUCGACGACAUACUGAUAUAUUCUAAGAGUCGAGAAGAGCAUGCAGAUCAUCUUAGAGUGGUAUUAGCAGUUCUCAGGGAGCAUUAG